GCACAGACCGUGGGGAAGGAGCACAUUCAUGCCUGUGGAGAGAAAUGCUCAGCAGCAGGAGAUCCAGGAUCAGUGUCUGUGUGACCUCCUCUUUUUCGGGCGACAUGUUGUAAAGACCCUGGAGUGUCAGCUCUGCCACCCUCAAGGGAUUUGGUAUCCUGAAAGCCCUUCCUCCUGUAGCCAGGAUGCUGCAUCGCACCAUUCAUCUUUUCCGAAAGGAGCUCCGGCUCCAUGACAACCCAGUGCUGCUAGCUGCCCUGGAGUCCUCAGAGGCCCUGUACCCUGUGUACAUCUUGGACAGAGCAUUCCUUACCUCCUCCAUGCACAUUGGGGCCCUGCGGUGGCACUUCCUGCUCCAGUCCCUUGAGGAUCUCCACAAAAACUUGGGCCAGCUAGGCUCCUGCUUGCUGGUUAUUCAAGGGGAAUAUGAAGCUGUUCUUAGGGAUCACAUCCAGAAAUGGAAUAUCACACAGGUGACACUGGAUGCAGAGAUGGAGCCAUUUUACAAGGAGAUGGAGGCCAACAUCCAGCGUCUGGGGGCAGAGAUGGGCUUUGAGGUGCUCUCCCUGGUGAGCCACAGCCUGUAUGAUACCCAGAGGAUUUUGGACCUAAAUGGUGGGAGUCCCCCAUUAACUUACAAGAGGUUUCUUCAUAUUCUGUCUCUGCUUGGUGACCCUGAGGUGCCUGUCCGAAACCUUACAGCUGAAGACUUCCAGAAAGAGGGAUUGAGCUCGUGUCUCCCAGGACUUGAGAAGAAGCUCAGAGUCAAGGAUGUCUUGUGUUUAGCUCUGUGUGAGGAGAAGAGAUGUAGGGCCCCUGACCUGGGCCUGGCUGAGUGUUACAGGGUGCCUCUCCCUGUGGAUUUGAAGAUUUCUCCACAGAAUGUUUCCCCUUGGAGAGGAGGGGAGACUGAAGGGUUGCAGCGCCUGGAGCAACACUUGACUGACCAGGGCUGGGUGGCAAGUUUUACUAAACCAAGGACUAUCCCAAAUUCGCUGCUUCCAAGCACCACAGGCCUGAGCCCUUAUUUCAGUAUGGGCUGUCUGUCAGUUCGGACUUUUUUUUAUAGGUUGUCAAACAUUUAUGCUCAGGCAAAGAACCACUCUCUGCCCCCAGUGUCGCUCCAAGGGCAGCUGUUGUGGAGGGAAUUCUUCUAUACAGUAGCAUCAGCAACUCCCAACUUCACCCAGAUGGCUGGGAACCCCAUCUGCCUCCAGAUCUGCUGGUACAAGGAUACAGAGGGGCUCCACAAAUGGAAAAUGGCACAGACGGGGUUCCCAUGGAUUGAUGCCAUUAUGACCCAGCUGCGCCAGGAAGGCUGGAUCCAUCACCUGGCUCGGCAUGCUGUUGCCUGCUUCCUGACACGGGGGGACCUUUGGAUCAGCUGGGAAGAGGGAAUGAAGGUGUUUGAAGAGCUGCUUUUAGAUGCUGACUACAGCAUCAAUGCUGGAAACUGGAUGUGGCUGUCAGCCAGUGCUUUCUUCCACCAGUACACACGGAUCUUCUGCCCCGUCCGCUUUGGGAAGCGCACAGACCCCCAGGGCAACUACAUCAGGAAAUACUUGCCUAUACUAAAGAACUUUCCCUCCAAGUACAUCUAUGAGCCCUGGACAGCAUCUGAAGAAGAGCAGAAGCAAGCAGGAUGUAUCAUAGGUCAGGAUUACCCCUUCCCCAUGGUGAACCACAAGGAAGCCAGUGACCACAACCUGCAGCUGAUGAAACAGGUCAGAGAGGAGCAGCACAGAACAGCCCAGCUCACGAGAGAUGAUGCAGAUGACCCCAUGGAAAUAAAGGUAAAAUGUGACCAUUCCGAAGAAAACAUUUCAAAAGGAAAAGUGGCCUGAACGACAGAAUAAACCAAAAUUCCCUCAAGGGUCGCUGCUGGGUACCAAAAAAAGGCAAGAGGGGAGAGCCAGGGGCUAACUGAGCUGGCCAAAGCACUGCCCUCCAUACUUUGCCCUGCUGAUGGUGCCUCUUGCUUGUGACCUGACCUCAGGAGAAGUGUUGUAUCUUGAGUAGUUUUA